AUGCGUUUGCUCGCAUAUGGUGAAGAUGAUAAGAAUUAUUAUUUGAUCUACGACCACAUGCCUAGCAGUCUUGACAAGAAACUAACAGACUUGAGCUGGGAGGAUACAGUGGAGAUCCUUAAGGGUAUUGCUAAGGGACUUGACCACAUGCACCAGAAAGGCUACGUGCAUGGGGACUUCAAACCGGCAAAUGUUCUCCUCACGGAUGAUAAUGAAGCAAAAAUCACCGAUUUUGGGACUCUCUCCAAGAUUGGUGCCACGAGAUGGGUUAAUAUUUUUACCCCGGGCUAUGCUGCCCCAGAAGGGAAUGGAGGUCCACUAUCGGAUAGAGUGGACGUUUUCAGCUUUGGGAUAGUGAUGCUUCAACUGCUGUCUCGUAACUCGGAGCUUGAGGUGCUUAUGGGCAAAGGAAAAAAACCCAAGAAAAAUAAAUUGCGUGACUGGGCAAUCAUGGAACUAGGUUUGAAACAUCAUGCGGUUCAUAAGAAUUUCAAAGAAUCUUGUGAUAAGGAGACUGCUAUAGCUCUAACAGAGCUUGCAGUGUGUUGUACAAAUAGUAACCGGAAUGGUCGCCCCCCCAUGAGUGAGGUGGUUCAAAAACUCAAUAAUCUUGUGUCGCAAGCAAUUAUUCCUGAUCAAGACAUUAAUUAA